AUGAUUGAAUCUGAGAGUAGAGAAAAAGCUUAUCGCUUUAUUGCAUACUCCUCAGUUACAUUAUCAUUUAUUGCCAUUUUAACUGUUUUUAUAACAUUACCUAUUGUAAAUAAUUAUGUUAAUUCAAUACAAGCAAGAGUUCAUAUUGGAAUGGAAUCUUGUAAAAAUUCUAUAUCUGAAGUAGCAUUUGAAAUGCAUGAUAUUAAACCAAUCUCUGUUAAGUCUCAACUUAUUAAUCAUACUAUUACACAACGUCAAAAACGUCAAUCAGGAGGAUGUGAAGGAUGUUGUUUACCAGGAAUUCCAGGAACACAAGGUAAACCAGGAAAGCCAGGAAAACCAGGAAGACCAGGAUAUCCAGGUGCACCAGGUUUUCCAGGACGUCCACCAGCAAUUUGUGAACAACCUUCUCCACCACCAUGUGUUCCAUGUCCACCAGGAGAACCAGGUCCACAAGGACCUCCAGGAGAUCCAGGUAGUCCAGGAGCACCAGGUCAUCCUGGAAGACCAGGAACACCUGGUAAUGCAGGUCCACAAGGUCCACCUGGUCCACCAGGACAAGAUGGUCCUAUAGGAAUUCCAGGACCAAGAGGAGAACCAGGAAGACCAGCAAUUUCUGAACCAGUUUUACCAGGAGAACCUGGAGAACCAGGUGAACCAGGAGCACAAGGAUUACCAGGUGAUAAUGGUGAACCAGGCAGACCAGGACCACCAGGACAACCAGGUACACCAGGACCAAUGGGACCUAUUGGAGCACCGGGAACACCAGGAACUCCUGGAGAAAAUGGACAAAUUGGUCAACCAGGACCUCCAGGAGAAAGGGGAAUUUGUCCAAAGUAUUGUGCAUUAGAUGGUGGUGUAUUCUUUGAAGAUGGAACAAGACGUUAA